AUUUUCCCUAUCGUCUUGUCUCUAAGCAUUUCUUCAUUACAUUUUUCAAGAAAAUAACUCAGGAAAAAAAAUGGCCAAACUCUUGUUGUUCGUUGCACUAUGUGUGCUUCCAGCUUUGGUCAGUGCUACACGCAUAGUGAAGGACCCAUUGAAGGUCCAAGGGCAUGUGUACUGUGACCGCUGCCGUGCUGGUUUUGAAACCCCCAAGAGCCGAUGCGUUCCUGAUGCCAAGGUUAAGUUGAUGUGCUCCGACAGGAAGACCGGCGAAGUUGUGUACGAGAAGGAGGGCUACACCGACAAAGCCGGAAAAUACGAGAUUGUUGUGCCUGAGGAUCACUGGGAUCAGAUCUGUGAUGCACUUCUUGUGAAGAGCUCCCAGCCUGAUUGUGCCACGAUGACCCCGGGUCGCGAACGUGCCCGUGUCAUCUUGACCAACUACAAUGGCAUCGCUUCCACCACUCGAUACGCUAAUGCAAUGGGCUUCAUGGCCGAUGAACCUGAAGCUGGCUGUGCUGAGAUGAUGAAGAUGUAUCAGGAAGAUGUUUAAGAGUGGUUUGGUGUUGUAUGCGUAUGAAUUAUGUUGUUGUCUGCUAAUCGUUAUGUGAAUUGCUUCGUUUAUUUCUACAUUUAGAGGACUUAAAAUAACUUAAUUUGAA